AUGGACUGUUUGGCAACUGUUUUUGAAAAGGUUGGUAUGGAGUCACUGCUCCUGAAUAUCCCUUUUGUGUGCAAGUCAUGGUACAAAGCGAGUCUCAGUCCUUGCUGCUGGCUAAGUCUCGACUUCACGGAAAUUUUACCCAAGUACUACUAUACUUGGGUUGAAAACGACAGUUGCUUUGUGAACAGAUUUGUAGAUGAAUAUAGAAUCGAUAAGAUGCGUUUCACUGUCGCCGGAUUUAUGAAGCUCGUCAUCCAUCGCAGCAAAGGGCAUGCUACUUUUCUCAGGCUACCUGGAUGCUGUACCCUCGAAGCAUUCAAAUAUGUUGCAGAUGUGUGUCCUGGCCUCAAGGCUUUGUGUUUGCCUAGUGAAGUAGUGUUUCUGCAACGUACCAUGAUUAUAGAACUGAUUGAAAAGUGGGAAAAUUUGGAGUCAUUGUCAUUGAAAAGUCGCAUAAAUAUUGCUGAACUCCUUUCACCAAUCAGCCUUCACUGCAAGAACUUUCGUCGUUUAGAUAUACAUGGUGCUUCAGUAGGUGAAGAUGCGGCGUUGUCGAUCGUCAAAUUGGUGCCUAAUAUUGAGCACUUAAGCUUGAGACGGGCAAGAAUUCCUCGGGGCAGUCUUAUAACAAUCUUACGGGGCUGUAAGAAGCUUGUGUGUUUGGAUGUUAGCGGUUGUAUAGGUUUUGAUGAGGAAGACGAGGAAAUAUCAAAGCUUGCUUCUCAUAUUACUAGUUUCAGCUGUCUGGGUUCUAGACCUAGACUCUACUAUGAUUAUGAUUCUGAUUCCCAGGAUUAUUAUGAUUCUGAUGAUGAUUAUGAAGAUGAUGAGUAUGCUGGCUCUGAUGGGUAUUAUUCCUCUGAUGGGUACUACUGUGGUGGAGGCAGUUCUGAUUGA